AUGAAUGAUUUGAAAAAACCCUUAUAUGAAAGAUUUAGUACAUUUGAUGGUCCUGAAUAUUUAUCAGUAUCUGAUUCUAUUAGUUCUCCAUAGUUGAGCUCUGAUUUAGAAUAGUUAUGUGUGAAUAUUGUUAUAUGCUAUGAAUUCACCAGACUACCAGAAGAUUUAUAAAAAAUAAAAUUAAAAAAUGACAAAAAAAGUGAAUUACUCAAAAUAAACUAAAACAUUAAAACUAGAUCAAAAUAAUUUAUUCAUAAAGAUUAUUAAUUAUCUAACUAUUUUGAAUAAUAAUCAAAUUAAUAAAUCUCUGGUACACAAGCUAACCAGAAAUAUUGGUUGAGAAAUAUCAACCUGUAAAUAAUUAAAAAACUUAUGAUUGAGUUCAUGUUGAAAAUUUAAGAAUUAUGUCGAUAUUUAGAUGAAGAAUAAGAAGAUUGCAAAAUUGAAUUUUAAUACUGUUCCUGCCUCAAUUUUGAAAGUAUGGGAGUUAUCUGA